UUUAUGUUUUUCCGACAGCGAUGUAGGUUAGACGAGCUGAUCCUAGAUCAGGAGGAAAAUCCAGACUGUGUCUGUGAGACUUGGCGGUUUAUUUUGAUUGUGUCUUGACAGCGAAAAUGUAGCUGCGCCUGUUGUUUUAAGAAAUGCACGAUAUAUCGACAGUCCUGCACUUUUCUACAUGUGGUUGUUUUUAAGUUAGAAAGUUAAACUUGGCUAUUAAAAAAAAUGGAUGAACAAGCACGGGUUCUUUUACAGCGGAUUUUACGGAGAGUCCCCAGUAAAAAGACCCAGAGCCUCCUGAGAGCCUGGGGCUGUUUAUCAGCCGAGCAGCUGGAGGAUGUGGACUACACUCGCACAAAAUGGCUGCUUGUGGAGAAUAUAAUCUCUAAAUGUGAGGAAAGCAGGCUGCGUUUAAAAGACGUGACGAAGCUGGAGUUGGUCUAUCACAUAGAGAACCCUAAUCAAGGAACCUGGCACAGCUUUAAACUCACUGAAGCAGAAGAUGAAGCCCUUUCUGUGGAUUUCAUCCAGUUUAAGGAGAUGUUCACAGCUCACUUAGAGGAAGUCGUCCGACACGUGUCUGUCAGGAUAAAGAAAGCGGAAGACGGCGCUGUGUGGAUCCGUAUCGCAUGGGGUGAUAAUUUCACCAAACCCAACCACCUCAAGCCAACUUACGCUGUUCAUUAUCUCCAGACUCCCUACGUGUUUAUCCUUCAUCUCAACGCCAAGCACAAGCCUUUUCUCUAUCAGGCUUUAGUUCUGUCCACCAGACACGUGUCCAUAAACGAAGCUCACCUGAGUGGCCGAAGCCUCGCUGCCCUGAGAGACCUGCUCAUGAAGCAGUAUCAGCAGGUUUUCCCAAACCAGCAAAGAACCCUAAAAGAAAGAAACAGAUCUGCUUCACAUCCCAAUAUCGAUAAAGAGCACGCCGAGUUUGCUGAGAGAAAACAUUACAUGGCCUGUGAGGCUUUCGGUGACGGGACGGUGCCAAAACUUGAAACCGCCGUGUACAAGCUUGAAACCAGGUACAGAGGCAGCAGCAGCAGCGACGACACACUCAGUGAUAGAGGUGAGCUCUUCAGAGGUGUGGUCAAGUUCUCCAGCCCCAACCUCCUGGAGGCUCUACGUCACUGCGUAUCCACUGGCAUUGCUGAAGGCCCCGUCACUCCUCUCUUAUCCUCCAUCACACAGAAAGGAAGGAACCACUUUGUGAUUGCGGAAAAGGUUCCAGCAGCCACGAGUCACACACCUGCACGCAAGACUUAACAUGAUUUAUGCACAAAUACUCUUCUUACAUGAGCAGGUCCAGUGUGUUUUGGGUUUUUUUUUUUCCUGGUUUUUUUUUUUUUUUUUUACACUUUCUUUAAACCCUGUUCAACAAAGUUUAAUCCAUUUUUACAAAGUUUUAAAUAAAGGUUUUAAAUGUU